GGAACAAGAAAAGCGAACCAGAGCGGACAAAAUUAUUGUCGCCCGUUUCGAGCUUUCCUUUAGGUGAGCGAACAGUGGGCCAGUUGCCAAUAAAAACGAACUUUUCUUUUUGUCAACAAAAACACAAAACUUAAAAAUGGACUUGCUGCAACUGAACGACGAUUGUCUGGAUAUUAUAUUUAACUACCUAAAAUUAGACGAACUACUGCAGCUCUACAAUGAAAUUGAAUGUUUCAAUGUGGCCAUCGAAAGGAGACAAUCUCCAGUUUUUAACGAAGACCUAUUGGUCAAGUUGGGUCACCAUCUGAACAGUCUGCACAUCAACGUGGGCUACUCCACCAAGGACGAAGAUGUCCUCCGAUACCUGAAUCCUUUGUGCCAAGGCGCCUGCAAGACUCGCCGGUUGAAAGCGUUAAAAUUGGACCAUGCCAAGUGGUCUUUUAAUAUGAUAGAAGCCGUGGGUAAGGUGGUUCCAUCUUUGUUAUUUUUGGACAUGAGGCACUGCGAUGUGCGGGAUUACCAGAUAGCGCAGCUCUUGGAUUCGGCAGAUAAGUUAAAGGCCCUCGCUCUGCUCCAUGUGAACAAUCAGACGGGUGAUUCGUAUCUGCAGCCCCAAAUACUCAACAGGUUGCCAUCCCUAAAACUCAUCCACAUAACAAUCCUCGGACCAGUGCCCUUUUCCCCCGAAGAUUUGGCCCAGCAGUGCCCGAACCUAAGUUUCCUCAUCACCGACCUUAUCAAAAGCGAUUUCAAGAUAUAUGGUCCACCUGCUUACAUUCAGAACUACUAUAAAUACUACAACGACUAUUUCAAGACGCCUUAACGACUCGUGAGGCACUUGAAAUAAAUAUCUCAGUGGAAUUGUCAUAGUCAGUAACUUCAUAGUUAUAAAAAUAUUUUCUUAGUCAGUACAAUACUUAA